AUGUGGAUCCGAUUCGACGCGUUCACGCUGACAAUCUGCCUGACGUGCUGCUGUUCAGUUGAGGUUCUCGCGAGACAGUUCUCCAAAUGUGAAUUCGCUCAAACUUUAAGGAAUCACUUCGCGGAAGAGGAAAUCGCUGCUUGGACGUGCAUAGCCCAAUUCGAGAGUGAAUUCAAGACCGAUGCCAUCAAUCCUUCCAACAGCGACGGCUCGAGUGAUCAUGGAAUAUUCCAGAUUAAUGACCGAUACUGGUGCGGUCGGAGCUCCGGCUCAAACGCCUGCGGAGUGGAAUGCGCUGUUCUUCGACAAGAAGACCUGACGGAGUCCAUCCGCUGUGCCCAAAUCGUCAAGGACAAACAGGGAUUCACUGCCUGGGCUGUGUGGCCGAGGUGCAAGGGUCAAACAGCGACGUAUCUGGAUGAGUGCAACGACCGAUCAUUCCUGCCACCCACGAUAUUCGACAUUCAAGUACGACCAGCUAAUCGAGGACCGGGUUUCAACCAGACUAGAAUCACGAGUGCCCUUAAGUCCUUUCAGCAGGCCCGGAAUCAGGAUCUCUACCCGCCGUAUAACUCGCUCAACGACAGCAGAUCCUUCAAUCUGUCGUCCAUCGGCGCGAUGGAUUUCAUUGGUGGAGGGAGACUUAAUCUAGGGGAGAAGCUGUCUUCCGGUUCGACCCUGGGACAGCCUCCUCUUUAUCAGCCGGUGCUCUCCGGUUUGGGCGGUAUGAAUUUCCUGGGCGGCGUUCAGAACAGUUUCUUCACAGUGAACGGUGAUCAGAGUCAGAGGAACACCUACUCUUCUCCCGGAUAUUUGCGCAAUAGCGGUGGGAUGGGUUUCCUAGGGUUCCCAGCCACCCGUUUUUCAUUUGGCUCUGGGUCCCAGCUCCCCGUCGCGGGCCCCACUCGAAACGCCCCACCGAAAUUGAACAACCUACGCUACUCUGGACUCCUGAAUACAAUGACUCUCAUCGGACACGCUUAUGACGCGACCACUUACCCGGCACCUGUCAAGGGCUUGAUGUUCAGGAGGGGCCAAGGCAUCCUGGCGAAUCAGGGCGCCAUGAAUUUCUUGGGGGGCAUCCAGGGUAUCGCCUUCCGCCGGACCCUCGUUCAGAAGCCGUCAAGGACGGUGGUGCUCCCUCCGGUGAGACCCGUCAGAAUUGCCGCUCCUCAACGAGUGCAGCAAUCUUUCCAAGCCAAAAUCAACGUGAAUGCUCCAAAAGUCACAAAUAUACAGAACAGUAUCCCUCUUGCACACUUCGGGACGGGUUCACUACUCGACCAGAUCGCGCCCAACUCUCCGCGGACUUUCACAGUUCAGAGCACAAGGCUGCCGCCGACCAACACACGGCAGCUCUCUCAGUCUGCUUUCAACUCUAACGUCCAGAGUCGAUAUCCCAUCACAACGAUUCCGCAAAGCGCCCACGUCAAGGGACCGAUUUUAUCGUACUCGACUGGAAACAUAGUUUUCAGCUUAGGUGCGAAAGGAUCCGGCCAGGCUGUUCAGGCCAACAUGCCUGGAGGCUAUGGAGGGGUCAGUUUCACGACAAGGAAUGGCGUCAUGACCAUGGUGAAGCACUACGGUUGA